UAAAACUAAGAUACAUUGGAACUCAACAUAUCUUGCUUGGAAAUGGGUUUUAGAAUUACAUAUAGCAAUGAAAUUAGUUUCUACAAUAUUACUUUUAAAGAAAGAUUGUAGUUCUCAAUUAGAGGGUGAAAAACUCGACAGAUUAUAUUUAACUAUAGAUAAAAAAAAUUUUAUUCAAAACAUAGUAAAUUUAUUAAGUCCUUUUGAAAUAGUAACUCAUUAUAUAUGUGAAAAAUUAUCUGAUACUGAUAAUUCAAGUUCUGUUAAUGAAGAUAAAAAUAUAUCAUCAGCAGGAGAUAAUGAUUUUUUUGCUAAAGUUUUUAACUUAGGAGGAUCAAAUAAUGAUAUAAUAGAAUUUGAAGAAGAUGAAAUAUCACAAUAUCUUAAAUAUCCUGAAGCUAAACCUAAUGAAGAUCUACUUAUUUGGUGGAAUAGUAGAAAAACUUAUUCAAUGAUUACUUGCUGA